GAAACUCUGACUGCAGUGUCGCCUGUCGUUCAAAAGUGGAAGACGUACGUAUUUUAUAAUCAUAAAACUAAAUAAGUUGUUAUCUUCUCUGUAUCUGUUUUCGUAUAACAAACAGGUACCGUAGUAAUCAAAUCGCUAUCAGUAUAUUAUUAUUUUAAUGAAGUUCACUUCUUAUACAUUACUUAGUUUAAUUUAUUCAAUACCUCCGAUAACAAAUUUAGUUUACUUGCGAGUUGUUGUAAAGCGAAAACGUGUUUGGAGUUCGAUCGAGUGUUAGAAAUGGAUACAUUGAAAAAGAAUUGGUUCACUGAAGUAUGUGAGAUGUGGCCUGGUGGCACUUUUUCUUUUGAAGUAAAAGAAGUUCUUCAUAAAGAGAAGUCUAUGUAUCAAGAUAUCUUAGUCCUGGACACAACAAGCUUUGGCAAGGUCCUUGUUUUGGAUGGAAUCAUUCAGUGCACACAGAAAGAUGAAUUUUCAUAUCAGGAAAUGAUAGCGUUCCUGCCACUCUGCUGCCACAAGAAUCCUGAAAAGGUCCUCAUUGUCGGUGGAGGAGAUGGCGGUGUUGCGAGAGAGGUGGCAAAACACCCAAAAGUUAAGGAAAUUGUUCAGGUAGAAAUUGAUGAAAAAGUAAUUGAGGUGUCCAAAAAAUAUCUUCCAUCUAUGGCAGUGGGAUUUGAGAGCGAAAAGUUAAAAUUACACGUCUGCGAUGGCUUUGAAUUUAUGAAAAAUCAUAGUCGAGAAUUUGACGUCAUUAUUACAGACAGCAGUGACCCUGUAGGUCCAGCUGUCAGUUUGUUCCAAGAGAAUUACUUUUCGCUGAUGAAAAGUGCUUUAAAACCGAACGGAGUUGUGUGUUCACAAGCUGGUACUUUUUGGUACAGCAUGGAUUUAGUCUCGAGCACAUUAAACAUUUGUAAAAAUCUAUUUCCUAAAGCAGCCUAUGCGUGGACCUCUGUCCCGACGUAUCCCUCCGGGCAAAUUGGGUUUGUGAUUGGUUCACUCGACCCUGACGUACAAUUUGACAAGCCCGCCAUUACGUUUUCCCGCCAAGAGGAGUUGUCUAUGAAUCUUAGGUACUAUAAUAGUGACAUACAUAAGGCUGCGUUCGUUCUUCCCACUUUUGUGAAAAAUCAAUUACAUAUCUAAUUAUACAUCUCAUUUUGAAUUUUGUACUUAGAUGUGCAUUUAUAUUAUCCUAAGCAUAAUAUCAUGUCUACAGUAAAAACUAGAUAAGUGUUAUUUUUUGAGGGUUUUACAUGAAUACUCACGAAAGAUCUAAAUUAUGUUAAUGACAUUCCAUUUACAUUCCUGUUUUUUUUUUUAUAUUAAGUGUAAAUUGUAUUAAAUCUUCUAAGCAAUAUGCUGCUGUAAUAAGUUUGCUCAAAUACAUUACUGUUACAAAUGUUUUGAUUGUUGUUACAUAUAUUUAUAAAUGUUAUAUCAGGUACAUUAAAUUUUAUUUUUUAUA